CGGCGGUGUUUCUUAAAAAAAAAAUUUAAUAAUAAUAAUAAUAAUCUUUUUCUUUCCACUCGUGUUUUUUCCCCUCUUUCGUUUUUUUUUCCCAAUAGUUUGAAGAUUCUUUUAGGUGUUCUGAAAUCUUCUCUGUAGAUUCAAUUUGGGUGUGAAGUCUCGUGUUCUUCAGUUUGGAGUGGGUUAUUUCGUCGAUAGAAGCAAGGGUUCUAAUAAUAGUUGGCAGUUUGAAGAUUCAAUUAGGCGUUCUAUACAUCUUCUCUGUAGAUUCAAUUAGGGUUUGUAGACUCGAUUUCUCAGUUUCCAGAGGGGUAUUUUGCCGUUCGCAGCCAUGGUUCUAACAAUCUUUGGCCGUUUGAAGAUUAAGGGUUUGAAGUCCUGAAUUUCUCAUCGUCGGUAGAAGUGUUGUUCUGGGUUUUUGAGCCAUAUUGUUCUACUGUAAGUGGUUUAUUGAAUCUGUAAUUAGGGGGGUUUGGGAUUCAUAUUCAGGUUUUUGUGCUUUGUGUUGUAGUUUUUGGAAUUUGGUGUUCAGGCUUUUGUUUUCUUUUGACGGAUUCAAGAUUCCAAAGGUUCCCAAUUUGUUUCCUUCAUUUCUUCAUCUCUUGCCCUGUGGCGAGGUGUUUAGAGGCAGGGGUUCGUCGACUGCAGAAUUUGGCUAGUGUUUUUGUAUUUUUUUUUUUUCAAUUUUCAUCUUUGAGAAUCUGUAGUUGAAUUUGGUCUAGGGAGUUUGUUAAAGGUGUGGUCGGUAAUUGAAGUAUUGUUUUUGUUUCUUUUCAUCUCCAUCUCUGUGAGACAAUAGAUGAAAUUGAUUUGGGGAUUUUGUUGUCCUUAGUUUAUAUUGGCUUCUUUAGCACUCUGAAGUGGGUUUUUCUUGUGUGUGUGUUUGAAGAAGCACAAUCAGUGGUGUAAGAAUUUGAAAUUAGGACUCUGAAGUGGGGUUUUUGAGUGAUUGAACAUGAGAUUCUGUGGUUUUUCUUUGAGUUGUGAAGGUUUAAUUAGUGUUUUGUUGUAUGUUAUUUUGAGUUUUCAUUGGUGUUUAAAUCUUUAAAUCCCAUACACUAAAUUCUAAUUCCUUUUUUUUACUGCAUUCUCUUCAUUGCCUGGGGUAGUUACAGUGGUUUCAGGAAGCCAUGCCUUGCACACGGUCUAAGUCUUCAUCUUCAUCCACGCAGUAUAGAGUAGCACCUUCUGUUGCUUCAGGCUCUUAUCAUCUUGGGUCUCCUUCUCCUCAUCCUUCAACAUCUGUAUCUCAAGGAGAUGAAGUUCAUUGCCCCUUCAAGGGAUACGACGGUUGCCAAGAUGGUGUGAGUGGAAGAGGAUAUGCAAAGAGUGCUAUCUACCGCCAUAUCACAGACAAGCACUUCCCCACUAAGAAGGACAAGGACAUUUGCAGAGAUCGUAUACAGACCAACUUUGAUUGCUUUGUCGCUUGGGAAAGGGUCUUGCAAGACCUGAAGAUGUGGAUGUGCUUUAAAUGUCUUCACUUCAUGCAUGGAAAAAGCCAUGCACUUCUGAAUCACAUCCAGCAGACAUCAUUGCAGGUCCAUUAAAUAGCAACGAUGCAGACUUCCUUAUACAUGGUGUUUUGAGACCACAAGCAACCGCGGCUAAUAUAAUUAGAGCCAAUCCUGAUACUAGCAAGCCAGCAGAUGGUGAUACAAUAGCCACCCUUACAGUGGAGAUGAUUCACUUGAUCCUUCAGAAACAACUCACUACCACUGCCUGCCGUUAGAAACUGAGCUACGGCCACUACUCAGCUGUCAUCUGUAUCCUCUCAUCUAAUGGUGUUGCCCCGUCCACCCCUGAUACUUUAUCUGACCUCCAGCAAAAGCACCCAUAUGCACCACCUCCUCAUAUCCCCACAAAUGAUAUCUCAACUCCAGCUUUAUCGGUUGAUGCUUCUGCUGUUCUUGCAGCACUGAAGAGCUUCCCGAAAGGUACCUCUUGCGGUCGGGAUGGACUGCGAGCUCAACAUUUGCUCGAUGCCAUGAGUGGUGCUGCCGCGGCUGUAUCAGAUGAACUUCUUCAUUCUAUUACAGGGGUUGUUAACCUUUGGCUCGCAGGUAAGUGUCCUCUAGUGCUUGGUGAAUUGGUUGCGAGUGCACCCUUGACCUCAUUGCUUAAGCCAGGAGGAGGGAUAAGACCAAUAGUAGUUGGGACUAUUUGGCGCAGCCUAUGCUCUAAAAGUGCUGUUACGGCAGUCUGUAAGGACAUUACUGCUUAUUUAGGGACGUUUCAAUUUGGGAUAGGCAUACCCUGCGGUGGUGAGGGCACAUGCACUCAGCCAAUAGGCUCUUGGAGAUGAAGGGUGCUGAUAACACCAAGACUAUGUUGCUCAUAGACUUUUAUAAUUCUUUUAAUCUUGUGGACAAGUCUUCACUCAUUAGAGAAGCUAGAACUCAUUGUCCAUCUAUUUCACGGUGGGUCGAAUUUUGCUAUUCACGACCGGCACGUCUUUAUUGCAAUGAUACAACUCUUUCAUCUUCACAGGGUGUUCAGCAGGGUGACCCCCUUGGUCCCUUGCUGUUCGGCCUAGCAUUACACCAAAUCGCUGAGAAGAUUGCUUCGCACUGCACCCUCGACCUCCAUGCAUGGUGUCUCGACGAUGGUACCAUCGCAUGUAUACAAUGGAGGUGUCCAAGGCACUGAAAAUUAUUCAAUCUGACGGGCCAAGCAGAGGUCUUCACCUGAAUGUCACCAAGACCAAGAUAUUUUGGCCUAGUUUCGAUCCGAGAAGAGAAGCAGCUGGCGUUUUCCCUCCAAACAUUGGUAAGCCUUCAGCUGGUGUGAAACUCUUGGGUGGCCCUGUUAGCCUUGGUCUGCAAUAUUGUAGUGUCAUGGUUCACAGUAGGGUUGGUAAAACUCUACAACUCAUGGACAAGAUGAAGCAGCUUCAAGACCUGCAAAGCGAACUUCUACUUUUACGCAACUGUAGUGGAGUUUCCAGGCUCUACUUUACACUUCGCAUCACCACCCCUUCGGCAAUUCAAACUGCUGCUGCACAUUUUGAUAAGCACCUCUUACAAUACUUGCGACAAAUUGUUGUUGGAGAUGAAGCUGGUUUUGGUUUGAUACAACAUCUGGUUACACUGCCACUUAAAGUAGGGGGCUUGGGAAUACAUACAAUGUCUAACACAGGUCAGUUUUGUUUCCUAGCCUCUUGUGCACAGACCCAACAUCUACAAACCACCAUCCUAAAGCAAUUAUCGGUUCCAGUAUCGAGUCUUAUGUAUCAGCAAGCCGUACAGACCUACAAUCAAGUCUGUGGGCUAUCAGACACCAAUUUCAGCAUCAACGACGCCGCCCCUCGGUAUAUGAAAUCACUGGCGGUUAUUUACUUUGGUGUUGUUAAGGAGAAAAUAGCCACCGACUUCUCUUUAUCUGACCGAGAUCUCACCCUAUGGCACUACAAUAUAAUUUCCCAUCCAAUGGAUUUUCUGAAGGCCAUACCUAUCAGCGGACUUAACCAAGCUAUCGUGCUAAAACAAUUUCGAUCUGUGCUCAGCUACCGGUUUGGCAUACCUCUCUUUGGUAAGGACAAUACAUGCUCAAGUUGCAACAGACACAUGGAAGUAUUCAGAGAUCAUGCCUUGCAUUGUGCUAGCGAUAUUAGGCCUAAGUUGCGGCACAACUUGGUGAGAAAUGUCUUAGCUGAUAUGUGUUAUAAAGCUGGAGUUGCUGCUAGGAAGGAAGCUGUCCUGGGGUUCUUGUCCGAUAAUGCUACUAGUCUCCGACCCGCUGACAUCCUGGUUUAUACUUGGGAAGAUGGGAAAGACGUUUGCAUGGAUAUUAUCGGUGUCUCUCCUUUCACAAGUGCUAGUACUCGCGACCUUUCUUCUGGACAUGCUAUUUCAGCCGCAAUCGCUUGCAAACGUACUAAAUACCUAGACAAGUGUUUAUCGCAUGGUUACAGUUUUGGUGUGUUGGCCUUCUCAAUUAUGGGUGCACUUGGUGAACAGACUCUCUUUUCUGCAGAGAUCAAGAAACUGUCUAGUCAGUCAGGAUGCAAAUCAUAAGAUAGGAAGCUCUCUCUUUUAUAGGCUAGUGAUUGUUAUUCAAAAAGGUGUUGGUGCCCAGCUUGUCGCUAGGUUUCCAGCCAUUCCUUGUAAUGUUACUCUUUCUUCAUAAAAUGUAAUAAAUUCAGCGAAAACAC